AUGGGACAUUCCUCACCCCAUUCCCGGCUCCGGACCCUUCUCUCCGCCAUCCAGGCUUUGGACGUCCCCGGUUUCGAAGAGUUCACGUGGCAAGCUGAGGCCGAGGCGAUUUCCCACCAACCCGAGCCAGAGCAUGAGGUAGAGCUCGGGCGUGACGCGCUGGUGCCCUGCGAUUUGCUUCAUUGCAUCGGCGGUGUUGCACGGAUGAACGAAGAACAUGGGGGCCCCGGAAUGUGGAUGGUACUACGCAACAUGAGCACUGGCACCGACCUUGUUGGACGAUUGACAAGCACCUACACCCAGACUAAUACCGCCCAUGACCCCGACGCUUUGGAGUUCCUUUCUGUACUGGGGUGGGACCAUAUACCGGUAGACCUCAUCUAUGCCCAGUGGUUUGGGAUGGCCUGUCUGCCGGAGGGUGAAGUAUAG